GUGUUUUAAGAGAGUUUAUCGGUGGUCCACAGGGGUAAACUCAUCCAUAAAAGAUGAAAAACAUCCAUAUGGGUGGAUUAGAAGCUCAUAAUUUAUAAGAAUUUUGGGUCUGCGCAGGCGCACUGCGUUCACAGGUGGUCGUGUCUUCAUACAGCAGUGAAGCUCCAGCUUAACGCCAUGGAUCUCCUUUUGACUAUUUACCUUGGACAAUCACGAUUUCUAAAUGCUUGAUUCUUUAAUUGCUUCUUAAAAUGGGCUCAUCAGAGUGCCGUAUGAAACAGAACUUCUCUGUCUCAGUCUCAGAGGGAAUGAUAAAGCCUUCAGACAUGAGUCCGCGCCGAUUGUCAGACAUCAGUCCUCAGAUCAGACAGCUGAAAUCCCUCGUCAUUGAUGAAGAACUAAAUGAAGCAUUGAAGUCAUCGAGAUCGGUCGAGUACAUCAACAACGCGUCCAUAGAAGAGCGGAUUCUGAGGAUCACUGGUUACUAUGGCUAUGAGCCCUGGAACGAAUCUAUCAGAGGGGAGGACCGAUCCAGCAGUGAGAAGGUGGAAGUGAAGGUAGAUGGCCAGUCUGCUACAGGAACAGUCAAAUCAGAUUGUGUGAACAGGCUGCAGAGGCUCCGCUGUUGUUUGCGUAUGAUUGCAGUCCACCUGCGCAGAGCACUGUGGGGUGUUACUAUGGUGAUCUGCAUCUGCGCAUCUUGGUCAGGCUGCACUCAGUUGGCCAAAAUAACCGUCAGGCACUUGAAUGUCCCGUUCACCCUCACUUGGUUCUCCACCUCCUGGAAUUGUGCCAUCUUCCCGCUUUACUACCUGGGUCACCUGUGCUGUAGCAAGGACAGACAGACCCCCAGACAGCGCUUCAGAGAGUGUUGUCAGUUCUUGGGAGAUGACGGGCUGUCUCUGAGAAUGCUGCUUUCUCGCGUGGCCCCUUUUGGAGUGCUGUAUACUCUCACCAGCUACCUUUACCUGCAAGGCCUUCGCAGAAUCCCCGCCACUGAUGCCUGUGCCCUUUUCUGCUGUAGUCGUGCCUUUGUCUUCCUAAUAUCCUGGAUUGUCCUGCGGGAUCGCUUCAUGGGAGUGCGGAUUGUAGCGGCCAUUUUAGCCAUUGGGGGCAUUGUUAUGAUGACAUAUGCCGAUGGUUUCCACAGCCAUUCUGUUAUUGGCAUCUCCCUUGUGGUUGCAUCUGCAUCAACAGCAGCUAUAUACAAAGUUCUGUUCAAGCUUGUUCUGGGUAGUGCAAAGCUGGGUGAAGCAGCUGUGUAUCUUACAGUCCUCGGCGGAGCUAAUUUGGUCUUCAUUAGCGCUGUACCUCUAAUCCUGCUUCUCACGGGGGCCGAGGACUUUGUUUCACCUAGAGAUUUGCCAUGGCCAAGCAUCUGUGGCAUGUCCGCUCUUCUUCUGGUGUUCAACUUCCUCUUGAAUUUUGGUGUUCUGAUAACACUUCCUACUCUGAUUUCUCUGGGCGUUGUCCUCAGUGUUCCUGUCAAUGCUGUCAUAGAUCGCUACAUGUGUGAGAUCCAGCUCAACAGUAUACGCGUCAUUGCGGUGUCCAUCAUUUGUUUGGGCUUCCUUUUGCUCUUGCUGCCUGAGGACUGGGACCAGUGCCUGCCACAGUUACGAUCAAUGCUGUACAACCGAGAAGAGCCACAAGAGUGCGCCAGAGACAAACACUCAGAGACGCUUCACAUCAGGCCAAGAGAGGCCAAGAACUGCAACUCCAAAACAACUCCCAAUGUCCAAUGACUCUGCAUUUUAUUCAUUCCAUAUGGGCAACACAUUUGUGAUGCAAUUUAGAUGUAUUGCACAUCAAAUUGAAUGGCAAUCACUGAUAAAGGAGGGUGUUAUAGAUAUAGAAGAUAUUGAACAAUUCUAUGCAAAGCUUUAGGAUUUGAUUGGUUCACCUGUUACACAGUUAAGGACGAGCAAUUUUUCAUUUUUAAGCACCACUGUGAGUCUAGAUUUGAAUAUUUCAUUGUUGCUUCAUAUGUUUAAUGAAGCAUGUUUGUAUAUUGCCAGUAUCUCCACUGCUGACACAUCACACACACACUUCAGCAUAACAUAGUACUCCUGAUAUGAGCUGUAAUAUCACACUGGUUCUAUAUACUCUGCAUAUGUAUUUGACAGUGUUAUGGCCUCUUAUAAAAGGCUAUACCCACUGAUUCUUCAGAUUAUUAUCUUACAUUAUAUCCCUAUCAGUGGCAAUAUUUGUUCAAAUAUUCCUGUGGAAUUAAGGCUUAAUGUAAACCUUUGUAAGGAUGAUUUUUGUUACUUCUCAAUAGCAAUAAUAAAGAAUGAAUGUAUAUCCAAUGUA